CAUCUCCGGACUCGCUUCCGGUGGGACCUGAGUGGCGGCGGCUGUUUCCGGCCGCGGCGGGGCCACCAUGGGCAAGAAGCACAAAAAGCACAAGACGGAGAAGGCGGAAUGGCGCUCGGCCGCCGCGCCCCCCACCUACAGCGAUUAUGUGGAUAAGCCCCUGGAAAAGCCCUUGAAGCUAGUGCUUAAAGUUGGAGGAAGUGAGGUCACUGAACUCUCAGGAUCAGGGCACGAUUCAAGUUAUUACGAUGACAGGUCAGACCAUGAGCGAGAGCGACACAAAGAAAAGAAGAAGAAAAAGAAAAAGAAGUCUGAGAAAGAAAAAGAAAAACAUCUUGAUGAUGAAGAGAGAAGGAAGAGAAAGGAAGAAAAGAAGAGAAAGAGGGAGAAAGAGCAGUGUGACACUGAGGGAGAAACGGAUGACUUUGAUCCUGGGAAAAAAGUGGAAGUUGAGCCACCUCCAGAUCGCCCAGUCAGAGCUUGUAGAACUCAGCCAGCUGAAAAUGAGAGCACACCCAUCCAACAAUUAUUAGAGCAUUUCCUUCGUCAGCUGCAAAGGAAAGAUCCUCAUGGGUUUUUUGCUUUUCCAGUCACGGAUGCCAUUGCUCCUGGAUAUUCCAUGAUAAUAAAACAUCCCAUGGAUUUUGGCACUAUGAAGGACAAAAUAGCAGCAAAUGAGUACAAAUCAGUCACCGAAUUCAAGGCAGAUUUUAAACUGAUGUGUGAUAAUGCAAUGACGUACAACAGACCAGAUACUGUUUACUACAAGCUAGCCAAGAAGAUACUCCACACAGGCUUUAAGAUGAUGAGCAAAGAACGGCUGUUAGCUUUGAAGCGCAGCAUGUCGUUUAUGCAGGACAUGGAUUUUUCUCAGCAGGCAGCUCUUUUGGGUGAUGAAGACACAGCUGUUGAGGAACCUGUUCCUGAAGUCGUUCCUGUACAAGUAGAGACUGCCAAGAAAUCCAAAAAGCCAAGUAAAGAAGUUAUUAGGGUCUUUUUAUCAAAGGAAACAGGGGCCGAGGGUGGCGCGGGGGGAGGUGUCAGUAAAUGCGGCCCUUGGGCCAAUUUACUAGUCCUCAUGUGGCCCUCGUGGUCAUUUGAGUUUGAGACCCCUGGUAUAAGGGCCACUCUUUUAUCCAUAUACUUCUAUUUACAGAUGGGUUAUCUGAAAAAGAAUGGAGAUGGAUCUUUAUUAUUCAGUGUGGUUAAUUCAUCAGAUCCAGAAGCAGAAGAGGAAGAAACUCACCCAGUGGAUCUGAGUUCUUUGUCAAGCAAAUUAUUACCUGGCUUCACUACACUGGGCUUUAAAGACGAACGAAGAAACAAAGUCACAUUUCUUACAAGUGCUAGUACAGCACUUUCAAUGCAAAACAACUCUAUCUUUCAUGAUCUGAAAUCAGAUGAAAUGGAACUGCUAUAUUCAGCAUAUGGUGAUGAAACUGGGAUACAAUGUGCCUUAAGCUUACAGGAAUUUGUGAAAGAUUCUGGAAGUUACAGUAAGAAAAUAGUGGAUGAUCUUCUGGAUCAGAUUACUGGUGGUGAUCAUUCCAAAACCAUUUAUCAGCUAAAGCAGAGGAGAAACAUUCCAAUGAAACCACCAGAUGAAGUUAAAGUUCUGCCAGUUCUCAUAAAGGAAGAACAUAGAUUGCGCAAUACCUGCCCAGACUCCUCCAAACAGAUUAUGGUUGGAGAAUCAAUUGGAGACAGUAACACUUCUGUUUUGGAUUUUUUGUCUGUGAAACCAUAUUCAGAUGUGUCUCUUGAUAUUUCCAUGUUAAGUUCACUGGGGAAAGUGAAGAAGGAGCUUGAUCAUGAUGAUAAUCAUUUACAUUUGGAUGAGACAACUAAACUAUUGCAGGACCUUCAUGAGGCUCAAACUGACAGAGUGGGAUCCAGACCGUCAUCCAACCUCAGCUCCCUCUCCAACGCCUCUGAAAGAGAUCAGCAUCAUCUAGGAAGUCCUUCUCAUCUGAGUGUAGGAGAACAACAAGACAUGGUACAUGACCCCUAUGAAUUUCUUCAAUCUCCUGAACCUGCAAAUGCCACCAGUAAUUAACAUGUACAAUAUUUCAUUUUUUAUUUUUAUUUUUUGUUUUAAUUGUGUAACAUUUUUAUAAAGUUUUUGUCAAAUGGCAGAAACCUCAAUUUUGUCCUCUUUUCUGUGAGGAUAGCUGUAUAAUAAUACCAUGCACAUUUGUAAAAUUUGCCUAGCUAAUGUAUCAUGUUGUCAACACCACACUAAAUAUUGCCUUCAUUUUUUUUUAAAUAUAGUGGCCAAUAAGAAUCUCAAUAGGAGAAAACACAAAUUGUGUGUUCUAGAACGACAUUAGAUAAGUAGGAUGCAUGCAGUUCUUAAUAUAUAGAACAUCCUCAAGGAGGAAUAUUUAUUUUUCAGCAACGACACAACUUCCUGAAUUGUGAUCAUUUUCAUGUUCCCGCUCCCCUUCCAUCCUGUUCUGUAGAGAGAGGGGCUAUGUUUCUCUCUGUCUUAAAAUAUAGUUUCUUAACACUCCAAAAACACUUAAUUUGGAAACAUAAAACACUCUGUAGCUGUCAUAUCAAACAGCUCACUAUAGGAGUUCUGCCCUGCAACUAAAUGGAGAUAAAUGUAUUGUGGUCCCUUUUAUCCUUGAACAGUACAGGGACCAAAUACCUAGAUUUUUUUUUUUUGUAAAGGUAAUAUGUAUAUUUACUUGAAUGAAAGUAUACUGGACAAAAGGGUAUGCUUUUAUGUAAUUAAGUUUUUGUAAUUCAACACUGACAUAACAGUUUUUAACAUUGAUAUUAUGUGUAAUCUAGAUGAAUGUUAUGCAUUUACAAUAUUUUGUAAAUAUUAACUUAAUAAAAGUCAUACAAAAAUCAA